ACAUUCUCGCAACUCGCCAGCACAUUGCCGGGAAUUGUUUAAAAAUGGCGGUCUCCGAGGAAAGCGUUCACGUUGUUAAAACGAAAAGAUUAAAAAAGGAGCUCGAUGUCAGUAAUGUAACAUGUGUGAAAUGCUCUCCGGAUAGCUCGUGUCUUCUAGUAGGAAGGAAAGAUUCGUCCCUUCAUGGUUUAUUUGUGAAAACUGGCGAAACCUGCUUCGUUUGUGAUGAAGUUCGAGACUUUAUGUGGAGUUACUGGAAAGAUUUGAAAGGAAAAAGCAAAGAGCAUUUCCUUGCAGUCGUUCAUAAUGAUGGAUCCGUCGAAGUAUUUCAAUUGAAUGUGAUAGCCACUGAUAAAACUAAACCUGGGAAAUACAUUGUUCAAAUAGGGUUGAUAACACUUGCGGAAAUCAUUGAAAACAUGGAGGAGAACUCUUUAGACAAAUCUCUUCGAGCAUUAAAACUUCUGGAUUGCCAACAAAUAUUUAAUGAACAUAAUGAAGAAGCAACAAAUGUAACAUUGCUUUUGAAUGGUUAUUGUGUAGCUGUGCUAUCAUUUGCAGCUCAACAGUUACCAUUGGUUGUGAAGUCAUGUGAAAUUAUCAAAAAUAUAGACAUGCCAUUUUUGUUGCCUCAGCAGACAAUUGCAGAUGUCGCUGUGGCGGAGGACAAUCUUUUCAUUCUAUAUCAGAGUGGAAUGAUUGUUGUUUAUAAUUCCACCAAUCUGUCCUAUUGUGGUUGGAUUGAUGCUUUUCAAUCCACGGAGGAUAUGGCUUCUGAAGGAAUUGAACAACAAACUGUGAAAAGGCCAAACGCAAUGCAUCUCGGUGUUGAUGAAGAAAAUUCCUUCAUCUUUGUUUGUGAUGAGAGGAACUAUGUCACUAAGAUUGAUUUUGGAAAGUACAUUGAAGACUUCCCAGAAAACAUCACCAUGGCAACUCACAUCAAUGGCGCUUUGAAAGAUAGAAGAACUCCUAAGACAUUUAGAAAUGUAGAAUUUGAACAGUGCUCGUACGAUGAUCCAUUUUGGGAGAUGGAGCUAUCGAGAAUCGCCCUGGAAUAUGAAAAUGAAACAAUUGACACACAUGUGAAAUCACCACCUCAAGAAGCAAGCCAAUCAAGUGUUGUAUCCAGCACUCAACCCCCCUGCUCACUUAUCAUUCCUUCACCACCCUGGAUGAGUGAUUGUAACUGUGAAGGUGUCUUCACUUCACAUGACUCGCACAUGGUGUGGCUUCAGGCGGACGAUACCACAAAUGAAAAUCAUGGCACCAUAUGCUGUUGGCUUGAUUGGAGGAAGGAAUAUGUAGCAUAUGUUUUUCAGGAAAGAACAAUUGUUGUUUCUGGUGGAUUAUCAACGAAACCUCUUUAUCUUCUAACGAAUAACUCGAUUGGAUCGGCAGUGUUUGACAACACCCAAAAUGAGCUGGUCAAUAAGAUAAUUAUUUACGAAAAUGUCGCAAUGGCCGAAAAACUGUGCUUUCUUAAUGAAUGGGAUCAUUUUGCCGUUCCAAUUUCCGCACUUGAAUCCGCCUUGAAACACAGACAGUUAGAAACGGUUGCAUUUUACCUAAAAACAAAAGGCAAGGCUUUUACAAUAACAGUGACUGAACAUGAAACUGCGAUGGCCAACAGGAUCGUCUCUCCGCAAUCGCCUCCUGCAACGUUCAGUUUUAAGCAGUUGAUAAGCACAAAAGAAAGCCAAACUGCAGACUUGGCAGAACAGAUCAAAGCUGUUAUGGAUCUCCUCAUGAACACUAUUGCUGCCAGCUCAAAACGCAAGCACAGCGUUCAAUUUACCAGUCAACUGCUGCAGUUGAGUUCAGACUACGUCCAUGGCCUGAUACAAGAUGCCCUGAGCUAUAUAGAACAAGAUAUGGGGAGUGACGUCGACAGAACGCAUGCGCAAGAUAUUUUAAUAUACCUCACUGCGAAAAUGAUGGAGUUGAGAUCAUAUAAAUACAUUAUACCAGAAUUCAAAGGCUCCCAAAGAGAAAAUUCCCAAAGUGAAGUGGACGAUUUACAUGAUGCUAUAUUUGACAAAUGGUCCACGAUGGAUUACAAAGAUGUUGUGUCGGAUGCCAUCUGUAGUUCACAGAUUUCUCUCGUUCAAGUGUAUUUUUUAUCUCAGAUGCACUCCAAUGAAACGCAUGACGGAUCUCUCGAAUGUAUUCUUGAAACUGGAUUGCAGAUUGUAUUGGAAAUAUUGACGAAGAGAGAUGUUGCAACAGCAACGGAAAUGAUAAGGAAUAUGGGUAAAGAUGUCGUUCAAUUGAUCAGAAAGAUUUCCUUCGGCACGUUCAAUCGCUCUUUGAGAGAUUUCCUUCUCGAGCAGUUGCAAAGCUGGGGAGAGCUGCGUGAAGAUGAAAUGCAAUCUGUUGAAUAUCUUGUUCGGCUCGAAACUAUCUACGACAAUCCAUCAUUUGAAUCAUUUGCAAGGCGACGUUCUCAGCAACAUGAAUUUUGUUUUGACGAUCUUGGAUUGCUGCAGCGCUCAUUAGAUUCAAAUGGAGAAGCACAGGAAAAGAAUAUUGAAGAAAAAACUGGAAGUCUGGCCCCUCAAUACCAUCCGUCAGAAUCAACCUUUUCUGGAGGCUACUCUGAGGUUCUACUGGACUGGGUUUUGACUUGGGAUGGUAUCACACGAGAUAGAAUUCUACUCGAGGCUCUGUGCCAUGAUGAAAAAGCGCUGCGUGCUAUGAUUGGAAAGAUAUGCCAGAAAUCUUUAUGGCAAUAUCUCAAAGCUCAUUGUGAAAUCGAGCGUAUUACAAAAUGGAUAGAAAAAACUGCGCAUGGUUCAUCCGAAGAAUCAAUGGGUUAUCCAUCUUUGAGUUUCGAAACUCGCAGUGACCUCAGCGAAUGCACUGAGUUUGCGAGAGAACUCAUCUUGGAUGAGCUUGUCAAGUGCAAACUAUUCUCGAGGACAUUGCUUCAAGAUUUCCCCCUCCUGAUACGUCAUCUUGCUCGAACGAAUUGUCUUUUUGCCGAAGUCCAUCCUUUACAUGACGUCGCGAAGACUUGUGGAUCAUGUAUGGAGUUGGAAUCUGGAUCGAAGACAGUCACGUCAGUGGAAAUAUUUCAUCAAAGGAUGAUUGAAUAUUGCUCCGAGAACGAUAUAGUUAUUUUCUUGUAUUACUAUCUUGACUACUACAGAUUGUUUCAGACAAUAGACGAGUGUAACGCGCUCUUGGCCACAACUAAUGUAGAUAGCGCGGUGGAAAUGUUGCUGAGAUUUCGUUUGGUCGGCUUUCAUCCUUCAGAUUAUACCGCUAUAAGUUCCAUGAGCUUCUCAAACAGCAAGACGAUUUUCAAAUCUGAUACGUCAUCUUUGACGGAAAUGCUCGAACACAACCGACCAAUCAUGGCGAUGGCGACAUGUCUUUAUGCCCCCGUAGACAUUGCGCAAAUCAUUAAUUCAAGUGGGCAAAAUGAGCUUGAAGAUGCGUGGCAGCUGGACGAGAGAUUAUUGAAAAAUUCUCUUAAUGAUUAUCCUGGAUUAUUGUCGGCUUUAUUUCCAACUUCUCGUAAUUUGACCCAAGAUCCUGACAUAACACUUUACGAGUUGUUACAGGGAAAUUGUUCUUUCGAUAUCUCGAGCCUCUUUAAAUGGCAAUCAACGAACAAGCUGGCUGUUCAAGGAGGUUCAUCGACAGAAAUGCCUCAUUUUUCCAACAAACCUUUGGUGGAAAAAUUUGGUCACGAAGAGUCGUUAAGCUAUGUUUAUUAUCUGAAACACGGUCGACCAGGAUUCGCGUUUGCAACCUUUAUGGACAAAUAUGAACACAGGAAAACCAUCCCAAAAUCAAGCAAAAGGAGUGCGACGAGGAAAGCUUACGAGAUAGCAAUCACUCAUUUUGACAAUACUCGGAUUGUCUCCAGUUGCGUCGCGUUCCUCGAACUUUUAUCUGUGAAUUCAAUUUUCCUUCGCAUUGACGUAGCGGCUGCAAGACGCUGUUUACAUCCGGGAAACAAACAGGAACUUCACUGUGCUACUCUCGAGGAAUUGAGAGGAGAAAUCGCCGGGGUUUUGUUGAAAUGUGCUUCUGAUAAAAAGCAGAAACCGGAGAUCUUAAUAAAGAUUUUGGAAUCGUCUACAAGAAGCCUGAUAAGUAAAGAUGGUCUGGAAAGGACAUCAAGAGAAGCUAGUCACUAUUGGACAUUACCUUUGCUGUUUUGUCGUUCACACAAUCUGAGCUUGACGCCAGUCUUCCUAAUAGACUGCGCAGUCGCGGACAAAUGGUUAUCAUUUUUAACUCACGCGCAAUUUGCUCAAUUUCCUAAAACGAAGGUGCUCGGCAUUAUUCGCGAUCAUUUCUCGAACCCAGUCCUCAAAGAACACAUGCACCACAUUGUGGCGAACACUUUGCGAGUUGAUGUUCAAGAUACCGAAACGAAAAAACGUCGGACAAACUUGUCCUCUGGAAAAAAAGACAUUCGUUCCCAGUACCUUUCUCGUGUGAUUGGCGCUUCCGUAUCCCCAACUUCUAAGCAGGAAAGAAUCGUUCACGCGCCGGAAAUGAAGCAGCAGACAGCGACGGUCUCUCCAAAUGCAGAAAAAGAACAAUCUGAUCUCGAAUUUGACCUGGAUAGCGAUUAUGAAGAAACGUUGGAAGAUGAAGUGGACUUUGACGCACCUAAAAUCAACGAUAUAAACCCAGAAACGUCUCCUGAUAAUCUCUUCGAUGUGCUAACAUUGUGUGACGAAGUCAAAGAUUCAUGGAGAGCAAUUCUUGCACAUUCUAUCGUCUUACGGCGUCCUUUAUUUGCGAUUUUGGCUGCCUGUUAUGAGGAGGCAAAGAUGGUUGACUGUAUGUGUGUCUGGUUUUGUUCGGUUCUCGAGAGAGAAACGCUUAAUCCUGUCACCCAACAUAUACCCGAUCUUGAAUGGCAUCAAUGGACCUUGGACGAUCUUCUCGCCUUAAUAUUAACGAUAUCCAGUCAUGGUUACUUAUACGUUUACACCUUGAGCAGAGCAUUUUAUUUAUUUGAUCCCAAUAAUAUUCUACUUCCUUUCAUGCGAUUCUUCGAAGCAUCAUUGAUGCAUAAAGAUUUCGAAGCAGCUGCUUGUCGGCUUUCUGAAUUUGUUGUACAACAUAAAUGGAUCCAAGUCAACGACAGCUCAAAACACAAAAUGGUUAUCAGAGAUCUAUCCUGGUGCGAGCGUGUUGCUUGUGGCGUGCUUCAGAAUAUUCUGCGGUCAUGUGACACCAUUUUUAUGCAAGUGGAAGUUGCGAAACUUCUUUGUCAUUGUAAAUUUGGCAACAGUUUUGCUAUUACUGUUCCUGAUUUCAAGAAACUUUAUGAAAUAUCGCGUAUCCUCGACGAAGGCGAAGUCUUUGCUCAGUGUUUGGAUCUCGUAUUGGAUGAGACAAAGCGAUCGUUGAUCAUGGAUAAACUGAUUAAGCGUAAAAGAUUUGAUUUGGCUAGACAGUACGGGACACUCAUGGAUAUAUCGUGUGAUAGAGUGACCAUAAUGCAAAUUACAUACAAGAAACAAAGUCUGCAAACAUCGUGCCUUUGGCAAAACCAACAAGAGCGUAUUGCAUUCUGGGAAAAUUGUGAUCGAUUCUUUGUCGAACAAGCUUGUUCUACUGCUGGUCAGUUCUUCGAGGAACAAGCAAAGGAGAGCUGCAUAUCCGACUAUGAGAAAGCAACAUUGCUCUACCUUGCAUUAAAAUGGCACUCUGGAAAGCGUCCUUGUUGUAAAAUGGUUCCUUGGUCCUCGGAAGAUCUCGCAAAACUGGAGUGUGAAAUGUGGUUGUGUGUCAUCAACAACAGAAUGAGUUCUAGCAAGAAAAUGAAAGGCAAAAUUGACCUUAACGACUUUAAUUGCUAUAAAAACGAGAAAAACUUUGCACAAGAACGUCACGUGUCCAUUGACGUCAACUUCUCACAUUUAGUACACGACGAACAAAUGCAGGCUAUACUCAAAGACAUGCUUGGGGAACUGCUGGACAUGGCUCAAAUAUCUCAAGCUCGACGAUUGUCACAAUUGUUUGAUGUUUAUACUGUUGAUCUUCAUAUGGUAUUGACAUGCAUUUUUCUUGCUCGAGAAAUCAUCACCCCGGACGACAUAGACGAAGAAAUCAAAGCACAAUUAGCCAUUCAACGGCAGAGAAAGCUGUCCGACCCGACUUCCGAAAACUAUCUUUUUGUCAAUUUAAGUCAAAGUUUAAAAACAACUAGUUCAUUUGAGUCUUCGUGGACUGCACUUAGCGAUAAUCUGGCUGCGAUACAAAACCUCGCUCAAUUGUGUACGGCAGGAAAGAUCUGCUGCAUUAGAGUAAUUGUCGCUUACAAAAUUUGUCAGACAUUAACUCUUAGCUUCAAUGAUGUCGUUAAGUCAGAACCAAUUAGAUUGCUGUACAAACUACUUGAUUCAACUUGGGACUAUCGCUAUCAACUGGCCUCUCAAUACAUCAGGACGUUUGACUUGGAUGUCACUAUGGUGGCUAAAUUUGUCGCACAUUCAAUCACGAUGUCACUGCAAGUUGAUAAUGGAACAGAAAUUUUGACGGCUAAAGUGUGUAUUUUCAACACAUCUUCAAAAGACGAUAUGAACAACAUGAUUAGCUUGGCGGAGAGCAAAUUGAUUCUUGGAGGUUUGCUGUUUGACGAAGCAUUGAAGUUUGCUCGGCAGAGAAAAGAACAAAAAACGUUGUCAGUUGCCGCUUUGAAAAUUGAAGUGGAACUUCUUAUUACCGCCCAUCAUUGUCAAACCCUGGCGUGUAAUAUGGAAGGUAUCUCAUCUGUACUUAGAUUGGCUCAAUUGUGUACGCGUGCUUUGGCUGACGCCAAGGAAUAUCAACAAAUGGUUCGACUGUUAACGGGCAUUGGGAGAUUCUCCGAGAUGACGUAUAUUUUUCAAACGUUAUUAGAACAUCAUCAUUUUGAGUUGUUGGUGAGGAAAGGCGUCGAAAAUGAGAACAAGCUGAAGAUUGCUCUUCUUAAAUUCUUGGAUAAGUAUCAUCUUGAGGACACGGAGAAGCAUUUAAUGGUCGCCUAUCGUUUCAACAUGCAUCGUGAGGUCGCCUUAAGCUUCACUGCGUCGGCUGAAUUACAAAUCCGCAAGCUCUUGAAAAAAGGACUAGUUCCGAGUAACGAAGUUCGCACUCAGCUUGCGUCCGUAGCGCAGACCUACACUUACGCCAUGGAAUAUUUCAAGCGGGAAGGAUGUUUGCUACAAGCAAUGGAAUGUGCAAAGAAACAUCGGUUGAUUGAACUACAGAAGCAACUGUUACCUACGGGCAUGGUGAUCCUAGAUCUCAAAGAGAAGUCCUUUAAGGAUUUCUUAACGAAAUACAACAACUUUUUCGAAGCGUUCAUCGUUGCCGAUGCAUACGACAAACGAUCAUUCGAUGUUUGGAUCGAGCCACUUUUCCAUCAUGUUAUACUCAAGGGAGAUACAAAAUACCUCAACGAAAUGUUGACUGUUGUUCCCAUCUCUAACGAGAUCUUAUCUGAGUUAGUUCGAAGGUAUCGUACUGAGCUUCAAAGAAAUUCAACAGCCGUAGCAAACAUGAAGAAGGUGCUACGUCGUGAAAGAGACAUGAUAUCUCGUUACAAAAUCGCGGUUGACCUUGGUUAUCAUGAUGAAAUACGUGCUUUGCGCACGCGCGAGUCUGGGGCACUAAUCCUCGACAAAUAUGGCUGAGCCAUAUAUUUAUAGUGAAUUAACUGGAAUAUAAUGAUGGGGGGCGAUUGUCGUUUGAUUCACAUAACUAACUUAUUUUAAAUACUUUUAUGCACAAAGGUUUCAAAUCGAUGAUGAAUGAAUAGUAAAUUAUUACUUUCUA